AUGUCCUGCUACGACCUGUGCCCCCCCAGAACCAGCGUGGCUGUGCCCCAGCCCAUCGCUGAGAGCUGCAACGAGCUGUGCGCCCGCCAGUGCCCCGACUCCUCUGCCUUCAUCCAGCCACCACCCGUGGUGGUCACCUUCCCCGGCCCCAUCCUCAGCUCCUUCCCCCAGCAGGCCGUGGUAGGCUCCUCCGGAGCACCGGCCUUCGCUGGCUCCCUGGGGCUGGGCGGCCUAAUGAACAUAGUAAUUCCAGUGAGGUCACUCUAA